CCGGGCCGCCCCAGCCGCUGCCGGGCAUGGAGGACGUGGAGGCGCGCUUCGCCCACCUCCUGCAGCCCAUCCGCGACCUCACCAAGAACUGGGAGGUGGACGUGGCGGCCCAGCUGGGAGAAUAUCUGGAGGAGUGCCGGGAGCGCCGCAGCGCGAGGAGCUGUCCGCUCCGUUUCCGCCCUUGACUUUCGCUCUCACGUUUUGGGCUGCUCUCGUCUGGAUCGGUUUCGGUGUCUCCUGUUCGUCCGAUUUCAGUGCCCGCUUUUUCUUUCCUACCCAACCUUCCGUGCCUAGCGCCGCAGCUGGACCAGAUCUGCAUUUCUUUUGACGAAGGCAAAACCACAAUGAACUUUGUGGAGGCAGCGCUGCUGAUCCAGGGCUCCGCCUGUGUCUACAGUAAGAAGGCUGAAAACCGACUUCUGCGCAUGGGCCACGAAGUUUCAGUCGCACAUGCGCCCACACGUGGUAUUUUGUGGAAGAGCCACACUCAAGGGGCCAAAGAGCCGCAUGUGGCUCGCGAGCAGCGCUGCAGUUUGCCGAUCACCGGCCCAGAGGAAGUGGCCCAGAGGCAGCAUGCGCGCCCCCUGGUGGUUGAAUACCUCUACUCGCUGGUCUACCAGGCCCUCGAUUUCAUCUCUGGCAAGAGGAGGGCCCGGCAGCUCGCGGCGCAGGAAGACGGGGCCAGCAGGGACGCCAGCUCCAGGGCCUCCCAGCGGGUGGAGGAUGAGUUCCUGUCGCUGGACGACCUGCCCGACACCCGUGCUAAUGUGGACCUGAGGAAUGAGCAGGCCCCCUGUGAGGUCGCCAUCGUCCCCCUCCUGCCCAUGGCCCUGGUAGCCCUGGAUGAGAUGGACAAGAACAGCCACCCCUUGUACAGCUGUCAGGGGGAGGUCCUGGCCAGUCGGAAGGAUUUUAGGAUGAACACGUGCACCCCUCACCCCCGAGGAGCCUUCAUGUUGGAGCCAGUGGGCUUAUCCCCCAGGGAGACUCUGCUGCCCAGGACGGCUGGAUGCACUGAGGAGCAGCCAAUGGAAGUCUCUAUGAUCAGGAGUCCGGUCCCUGUGCCCGGCAUCUCCCAGGAGUCAGGCACGUCUCCAGAAGGCCCGAUGCCCGCAGGUGGGGAUGAGGAUGAGGAUGCAGAGGGGGUGGCAGAGCUCCCUGAGGUCCCCCUGGAGCCCCAGGAGUCCAGGAGCCCACAGCAGAGCACUGCCCAGCCCAGGAGGUUUGAGCUGAGGGAGAGGCGGGAGGCCCUGGAGCCUGUGUCCCAGCUGAAGGAGACCCCAGACCCCUGGCAGAGCCUGGACCCCUUCAGCUCCCUGGACUCUAAGCCCUUCAAGAAAGGUAAACCCUACUCCGUGCCCGCCUGCGUGGAGGAAGUUCCGGGACAGAAGCGCAAGAGGAAGGGGGCCGCCAAGCUGCAGGACUUCCACCAGUGGUACCUGGCCACCUAUGCUGACCAUGCUGAUAGCAGGAGGCUCCGGAAAAAGGGCCCGUCCUUUGCAGACAUGGAGGUUCUGUACUGGAAACACGUGAGGGAGCAGCUGGAGACCCUCCGGAAACUGCAGAGGAGGGAGGCAGCUAAGCGGUGGCUGCCGAGGGCCGAGGAGGGGUUGUGGCCUCUGGAGGAGGACCGCCUGGAGGACUCCCUGGAGGAGCUGGGGGCAGCAGCAGAUGACUUUUUAGAGCCUGAAGAGUACGCAGAGCCUGACGGGGCAAAGCCUGAGGACGCUGCAGACCUGGAAGCAGAGGCCAUGCCGGCAUCCCUGAGCUACGAGGAGCUGGUCCGGAGGAACGUGGAGCUCUUCAUCACCACGUCUCAGAAGUUCGUUCAGGAGACGGAGCUGAGCCAGCGUGUCAGGGACUGGGAGGACAGCAUCCAGCCCCUGCUCCAGGAGCAGGAGCAGCACGUGCCCUUUGACAUCCACCUGUAUGGGGACCAGAUGGUCUCAAGGUUCAGUCAGCUCAACCAGUGGUGUCCCUUUGCGAAGCUGGUGGCGGGCCAGCCUGCCUUCGAGGUGUGCCGCGCCAUGCUGGCCUCUCUGCAACUGGCCAAUGACCACACGGUAGAGAUCACCCAGCAGCCAGGGCUGGAGGCGGCUGUGGACACCAUGACCCUAAGACUGCUCACGCACCAGCGGGCCCACAAGCGCUUCCAGACCUACACCGCCCCCUCCAUGGCUCAGCCCUGAGUGGGCAGCCCUGUUCCCCAUGAUGUUGGGCACACAUCUGCUCACUUCACACCUGCUUCCUGGCUGGCCCAGCCUAAUAAAGUGGUGUUGCCACUCCA